UUAAAGGGGGACGCACAAUGGACCAGUAACUGGUCUAAGUGCAUGGGGAAACCCACCCCCUCAAUACGGAAUAGGGGCAUAGGUUACAAGUACCCAGAAUUUUUUAUUUUGUAGCUGAAAUAAUGGUACCAUUGUUGUGGAUGUGUGAUAUUUAAGGCCAUAAGUUGUAAGUGGUCUUUGUUUAUUAUGUGGAGACAAAAAUAUGUUUCUUCCAGUUACCAGUAUCCUUGGACAGACAUGUCAGCACAGCAUCACUGUUGAGGUGAAGAAUGACACAGCUGACAAAAUCAUAGAUCUAGGUGACCAGUAUGCUAUGCAUGGUAUUUAAAUCAUGUCCUUCAAUGCAUCUAUCAACAGUGUGCUAAUAUAACAUAUUCAUUGUAAGUUUCUGCCAAUUUUCAGGCCCAGAUGGUUGGUUUGCAGUGGAAGCGUAGAGCAAGAGUGAUGUUGACACUCUUGUCUGCAUCUGUGUGCCUAGUUAUGCUGAUAUUUUGCAUAUGGUGGCCUUCAGUUACAGACCUCAUAGAAGUGGAGAAAUGUCCAGCCUGCUACGGUGUCUCACUGUGCCCUGCCAUCACUCGAGGACUUCUCACUGUGGAUACCUUUGGUUCAGUUGCAGGAUUUGUGAAUAUUCUGGGUUCAAAGAAUGUUUUGUUUGGUAUGCUUGGCAAUCAGAAAGUGGUGCUGAAGAAACUGGGGCAUGCCAAAGAAUUGGUAAACUUAGACUCAAUAAUCUGUGAAGAGGCCAAUCUAGGUUCAUCUUGUCAUGUGAAUGAGGCAAUCUGGCAACAAGGUGACCUGAUACACUCCAUUAGGCAGCAUGUGGCUAACCAGGGUGGUGGCCUGUUGCUGUGUCCAACUGUGGUAAACAUGGAUCAUUUGUUGAGCAAUGUGUUUUACAAAAAUAAAGACAUUGGUGUUAAGGUGUUGCAUGCCAAUAUCUGGACAUCUAUAAUGAUAAAUCCUGAGCCACUGUUGUUACAGGUGCUGCCAGAGCAGGAUGGCUGGCCAGUAGCAAAGUACCUAGGUGCAUGUGGACGGGUUGUCGUGGAGGAGUAUGCUGGGGAGAUGUUGACCUCAUAUCAUAAUGCACCAUGGCUGCAGAGAGCAAAUUUUGCCUACCAGCUACUUAUUGCAGCCCAUAACUUUACUGACAGCCACCCACUCUUUGGUUUCUACCUCACUGAUAUCUCUGCAGACAAUAUUGCUCUAGAUUCACAUGGCAGACUGAGGUUUGUUGACCUUGAGAACGUGAUUAUAGUUGACAGAAAUGCCCCAGUUGAAGAUCGGCCAUUGUCAUGGAAUGUUCCUCAUGUGAGUGAAACAUAUGAUUGUGAUGGGUGUUUUGCAUUCUCUGCUCAAGCCAUCUGCUCUCACAGUAGAAGUGACCACAACUUCUAUGCAGUUUGUCAGCACUUGCUUGGCCCACUGGCUGCUCCGGACAUGAUUCCUGGUGGGCUGCUUCAUGACACACCACCUGCUCAUGCCCAUAUAGUGGAAUUGGUGAGGGAGUGCUCGGAACCCAGGGAUCCCUCUGGAAGGUUCAGAGCAGCACACAAACUCACAAUAUUGCUGGCAGAGGUGUUGCAGAAACACAGCUACAGUGUGUGAUCAGUUCCAUGGUACAAACCUUUGUUACUUAGCUGGGCACAUACAGUCAGUACAAGGGCUUGAAAUAUCUUAAGGGACAACAAGAAUCAGCUAUUGCCAAACACUCUGUAGAAACCAAAAAAACAGAAUAUAUAGCCAUCAUGCACUGCAACCAUC